AUGGCCCCCAGCGCGCUUGCCCGCCCUAAACAGCCACCCAGACCCAGCAACGGCGACGAUACGCCACUGCCCGUGGUCAUCUGGCAUGGCCUGGGCGACAACUUUGCCGCCAAAGGGCUGCAGUCCGUCGGCGAUCUCAUCGAGGACAUCAACCCAGGCACCCUCGUCUACUACAUCCGCAUGGACGAGUCGCCCUCCUCGGACCGCUCUGCCACCUUUUAUGGCAACGUCACCGAGCAGAUCGCAAAGGUCUGCGACGACCUCGCCUCCCACCCCAUUCUCUCGACCGCCCCGGCCAUUGAUGCCGUCGGCUUCAGCCAGGGCGGCCAGUUCCUGCGCGGCUACGUCGAGCGCUGCAACUUCCCGCCCGUCCGCAGCCUCAUCACCUACGGCAGCCAGCACAACGGCAUCGUCGACUACCGCGCCUGCACCGCCACCGACUGGCUGUGCCGCGGCGCCAUGGCCCUCCUUCACGGCCAGACCUGGUCCGACUGGGUCCAGUCCCGUCUCGUGCCGGCGCAGUACUUCCGCGACCCCGCGGACCUCGACUCGUACCUCGAGCACAGCAACUUCCUCGCGGACAUCAACAACGAGCGCCUCCUCAAGAACAAGACGUACGCGCACAACCUCGCCAGGCUCGAGAACUUUGUCAUGUACAUGUUUGCCCAGGACACCACCGUGAUCCCCAAGGAGACGGGCUGGUUCGAAGAGGUCCUGGGCGCCGACGUCGUCCCCCUCCGCUCCCGCGCCAUCUACAAGGAGGACUGGAUUGGCCUGCGCGCCCUCGACGACAAGGGCGGCCUGCGCUUCCGCAAGACGCCCGGCGACCACAUGCAGCUCAGUGACAAGUCUCUGGCCGAGGCGUUUAAGACAUUCUUUGGCCCCGAGGGCAAGAAGUUCCCGUCCGAGGAGCAAGCAGAGGUUGGGGAGCUGUGA